AUGGACAGAGGGAAGGAGGAGGAAGCCAUGGAAAAUGAGCCUCUCAGGGAGCAAGAUCAACUGCAAGAGGAUGAGGACGCGGCCCAACACUCGCAGAUCUCCCUCCAUGGGCUCCAGCUGGACAAGAGAGAGAAACGCUCGGUCAUGCAGAAAGCUACUGCGCAAGCGAAGAAUCUCAACAUCGACAAGACCAUGGCGCUACGAGAGGCCCGAGGGAACAAGUGUAACUAUAUCCUUGGUCUGGCAUCCUGCAUUCUCGCAGUUGCACUUGUCGCUACCAUGAACACCCUCUUUGAGUACACUCCUCUCCUGUUCCUCUCCAUUGCUGAGUACAAUGUCGGAGAGAUGGAUGUGACGGUGCUUCCAUCAAGCUGGACAUCAUUGACCUAUCUGAACUACAGCAACGUGAGAAGUACUGUAGGAGGGGAAGAUGUCUUGUUCAACUACUCUUCUCCCCGUUGGUCCAUUUAUACUUCAGCUUGGAACACAAAACUCUGCAACAACCAAGGUUGGAACUUCCGGGACGCAAGCGAUCGAUAUCUUGGCAAGGACGGAUCGAGUUGUGGACUGCAUGCUGAAUCUUCAACGUCGUCAUGUGUUGCAGAGCAGUGCGGAGCUCCGGACAGUGCAGAUUUGUACCUCAUAGACUCCUACCUGGAGGAGAGGAUGGGUCUUGGAUCGCACUGGCACCUGGAAGCAGCCCCUCCGGGAAGUGUAUAUCUGCACAAAGACCUUGCAACGAUGCUGAAUGCUACAGUCGGGAGUGAGUUGAUCCUUCAGUUCUCGCUGAGCGAUCUCUUCAGUAUUGCUCUGCCACGAAGUUUAACAGCUCCACUGGGCCUCCAGGACUCUGAACAGUUCCGAUCUUCGACUACGAUCUUGCUCCCUGUUCGGGUGAGCUCCAUUUUUGAGCAGACGGGAGGGAAGUUCAAUGAGGAGGCGACGAAUGCUGUUGUGAUGGAGUACGGCACGUUCAUCGAAGCUGUGUCAAAGAAUCUCAACCCCAAUGCCAACUAUCUGCAAGACUCUUUCUCGAGCAUUGACUUGUAUGAAUACGCUCAAUAUGUUUGCUACAACCUCCCGCCUCCUCGAAGCGUGUUCUACAUGAAGAACGACUACUCUGUCGUGCAGACCAAAGUGCUGCACAUGAUGUCGAGACUGGUCACCAAAAUAGGCUUCGAGUACAUCGAUGCAUCGAUCAUGUUGUUGGGAGAAUUGAGGGUGCUCAGGACGGUUUCUAUCUUUCUUGGUCUGAUCAUCAGCAUCAUCAUCGUGGCACUUGUGUUUCUGCUGUGCCUUCUCAUGUACUCGCUGCUCAUCAUCUCAGUGGAGAACAGAGCUUUCGAUCUCGGGGUCCUGCGAAUGGUCGGCAUGACCCGCCGGGGAGUUAUUCGACUUCUCCUCCUCCAGACCUUCUUGACGAGCAUUCCUGGCUGGGCCAUCGGCCUGCUGGUGUCCAAGUUCCUGGUAGCAGCUGUGCUGGACCUGCUCAAGUCGAUCUUCGAGUGGAAGACAAUCCCACAGGUCGAGACGUUCUCCAUCCAGUACGCGACAGUGAUCGGGCUGCUGGUCCCUGCCGUUGCCGUCAUCCUUCCCAUCCGCAAAGCCCUCUCGGUAUCUCUUACUGACGCCCUUGACAUCCGGAGGAACAAGGUCGUGGCCGUCAAGGUUUCGCUGGAGCGCGCGAGUCAGAAGAUUAUCCCGACACCGCUGAUUGUCAUCGGCAGCCUGAUGACGAUGUUCGGCGUGCUUGUGUACUACAUGUUUCCUCUUGCUCUGCUCACCUUCAACCUGACUCUCCUCCUCUACAUCUUCUUUGCUCUGCUCAUGGGCAUCCUUGCUGGUUUGGUGCUGCUGUCUAUGAACAUAGAGAGGCCUGUGGAGUACGUCAUCACAAACAUUUUCUUCUGGUGGUCGGAAAGUUCAAUGCGAACCACCCUGCACAAGAAUCUGAUAGCCCACAGGACCAGAAACCGCAAGACAACACUCAUGUACUCCCUGUCCUUGGCCUUCGUCGUCUUUGUCAUCGUCUUGCUAUCCAUGCAGAUUGAACAGUUCAAACUGAACCAGCUGAGGAAGAACGGGAGCGUGCUUGCCAUGUACUGCCCGACUUUGGUCAAGGCCGCGUGGGCAGCGCGACAGAUAGAAGAAUUUGUACAGGAGAACCGGCUGGUGGAAGACUUUGCGCUCGUCUCGCAUUCUUUUCGCUCUGUCACAUCGCAGAGCAACAGCAUCCGAACUCUCGGGAGGGUCGUCUCAGCUGGGAACGAUGUCUACGCCGUCACCCCAAACUUCUUCAAGGUGGCGAGCGAAGGGUUCCUGACGAUCCGAGACCAGCUGCCCAGCUACUUCGACCAGCUCACUGAGAGCAUUUACAGUGCCAUGGGCUCUCAGUCGAUGCUCAUCGGGUCCCUGUACAUGGACAAGAUGGCAAUGACGCUGAAUUCCUCCUUCCUGCUGCAGCUGCAAGGGGAGCCAGCCAUGUACGAGAGGCUUCGUCCCAUGGCCUUCCUCGAUGGAGUCCCGAAGCUGACGAUGUCAAGGUACCCGGCGAGGCAGUUCCAGGACGCCAUCGUCUCGUUCCCGACGUUUGCAAGGCUCGUAAGGCAUCUCAAGGAUGGCUACUCGGUGCGGGACAUCCCGCUCUACUUCACUCUCUUCAAGCUCAAGGACGGGCUGUCGCAGGAGGAGGUGGACGAGAUCAGCGAUCAGAUGUCAAACCUCGCUAGCGACAUCGGCUGCCGCCCGCGAGACGUCAGGAACAGGUACCGAGGCUUCCAGAUCGCGUCAGACGCCAUGGGCAUCUUUUCGUCGUUGACAACGGGCGUGGCGCUCAUCGUUUCCUUCUUCUCUCUCGUCUCCUCCAUGUUCGCCAACAUUCAGGAGCAAGCCAAGGAGCUCGGGUUGCUGCGAGCCAUCGGGGUGACGCGCAACUGGAUCGCAAGGCUCUACACCAUGGAGGCGACUGUCCUUGUCCUGAGCUCUGCCCUCCUUGGAUUGGGCAUCGGCGCCAUUGUGGCCUCUACGGUGAAUCUGAAGCACGAGGAGAGGAUCAUUCUGACGAAGUUUGUCUCGCAGGUCACAGCACAGCAAACCAUGUUCACGCAGCUGCCGCUCCUCCUCAAGCUGCCUCCAGAGAUCAUCGUCGUCAUCCUCCUCGGAGCUGUUGGCUCAGCUUGUCUGUCCUCCUACUUCCCGGCGAGGCGCAUCAUGCAAGAGAAGAUCGUGAAGCUGCUCAAGGCUCGAUGA